CUCGUGUUCCGAGGGUCAGCGGCGGCCGCGGCGGCUUGAAGAGCUCUGAGCUGCGGCGGGCACGGCCGGCUCUGCAAGUAACAGAUGCGGGUGAAAGAUCCGUCCAGGGCUGUUUCUGAAAAAACCAGAAGAAACAGAAGGCCUAAUACUCCUCUGGAUGAAGACUCUUCAGAUGACAUUGCUGCAGGCUUAACUUGUCAGCAUGUAAGUCAAGCUGUUAGUGUCCACCAUGUGAAGAGAGCAGUAGCUCAGAAUUUGUGGUCAGUUUGUUCAGAAUGUUUAAAGGAAAGAAGGCUUUGUGAUGGAGGGUCAGUAAAACCUGAUAUUUGGUUGUGCCUCAAGUGUGGUUUUCAGGGAUGUAGUCAAAACUCAGAAGACCAGCAUUCUUUGAAACACUUCCAGACUUCCCGCUCUGAACCCCAUUGUAUCAUUAUCAAUCUUAGCACAUGGAUUAUAUGGUGUUAUGAAUGUGAUGAAGAAUUAUCAACACAUCGUAAUAAAAAGGUUUUGGCUCAAAUAGUUGAUUUUCUACAGAAGCAUGUUUCUAAAACAGCAAGUUCAUUUUCCAAAGUAAUAAGGCUUUGUGAAGAAAAGUGUGAAACAGGUGAAAUAUGGAAAGGAAAAUGCCAAAUCAGCAGUUUACCAGCUUCUGUGAAAGGAAUUAAUAAUUUGGGGAACACUUGUUUUUUUAAUGCUGUCAUGCAGAACUUGGCACAGACUCACAUGCUCAGUGAACUGAUGUAUGAGGUUAAGGAAAGGGGGACAAAGUUAAAAAUUUUUCAUACUUCAGACCCUAAGUUGGAUCCACUAGUGGUGAACCUGUCAAGUCCUGGAACUCUGACUUCUGCUAUGUUCCUGUUCCUUCACAGCAUGAAGGAACCUGGAAAAGGACCACUUUCUCCUAAAGUUCUCUUUAACCAGCUUUGUCAGAAGGCUCCACGAUUUAAAGGUUUCCAACAGCAGGAUAGUCAGGAACUUCUCCAUUAUUUACUGGAUGCAAUGAGGAUAGAAGAAACAAAGAGAAUACAAACUGGCAUACUAAAAGCAUUUAAUAACCCAACUACUAAAACUGCAGAUGAAGAAACUAGAAAAAAAAUCAAAGCAUAUGGAAGAGAGGGAGUGAAGAUGAACUUCAUAGAUAGGAUCUUUGUUGGUGAAUUGACUAGCACAGUCAUGUGUGAGGAAUGUGAAAAUAUCUCAGCCAUGAAAGAGCCUUUCAUUGAUCUUUCGCUUCCUAUAAUAGAAGAAAGGGUGUCAAAACCUGUUCCGUUGGGAAGAAUGAAUAAAUGUAAGAGUUUACAAGAGGCCGACCUAGUUCAAUACAACUGUACUACUGCUACUACAAUGAAUAAUCAUCUAAAAAGUACUAGGAAACACUCCUUAACUAAAGAUAAGAAUCAGCUAAAUUAUGAAAGAAGACUUGUAAGAAAAUCAUCGUCUGGGGAAGAAGAGAAAAUUCCUGUUAUCAUGCAACAAAAAAAUGGAAACCUUGAAAUAAAUGGGGAUUCUUCAAUUUUGUCCAUAGGAGACACAAGCAGGGUGUCUGAGACUACAGCAAAUGCAAGUCAGACUGAUGGAAGUGAAAAAGAAGUCAGCCAUUCUGAAAGCAGCGUUGAUGCUGACAGUGAGGCUUCAGAAUGUGAAAGUGCUUCAAAGCAAACCAUUUCUGUUAGACCCAGUAGUUUAUCUUUUUUGCACGAAGGUGUUCCUCCUCAUUCAUCAGUAGUCCCUGCAAUUGCCAAUGAGAGUGGUAAGGAAAUGAUCACUGAAGCCAUUGCCAAACUCAGCUUAAGUGACACUGUAACUAGAGGUACAGAGCUUAACAAUGAACAUCAGCCAUUAAAAUUUUCAAGCAAUUCAUUAUGUUCAGUGGAGAAGUAUACGUUAUCUCAUGGCCCCCAGAAUGCUUUCCAAACCCUUUCUCAGAGCUAUUCAACUUCUUCCAAAGAAUGUUCAAUUCAGUCCUGUCUCUACCAGUUUACAUCAGUGGAGUUACUAAUGGGAAAUAACAAGCUUUUAUGUGAGAAUUGUACCGAAAAGAAACAGAUGUACCAAAAGAAAAUCAAUUCUACAGAAAAGAAGCCAGAAGGUGUGUAUACCAAUGCCAGGAAACAGUUGCUCAUUUCUGCUGUUCCAGCCAUUCUUAUUCUCCAUCUUAAAAGAUUCCAUCAGGCUGGUUUGAGUCUGCGAAAAGUAAACAGACACGUGGAUUUCCCACUUGUGCUAGAUUUAGCACCCUUUUGUUCUGUUACCUGCAAGAAUGUAACCAGUGGAGAGAGAGUUCUCUAUGGUCUUUAUGGAAUAGUGGAACAUAGUGGCUCAAUGAGAGGAGGCCAUUAUACAGCUUAUGUGAAAGUCAGAACAACUUCCAAGAAAUCAUUAGACCAAGUUGUUGGAAAUAAAAAUAUCCAUGGUUUAAAAGAAACUACAGGAGCAUCAGCAGGACAAUGGGUGCAUGUUAGUGAUACUCAUGUGCAAAUGGUUCCAGAAUCCAGAGCACUUAAUGCACAGGCGUACCUUCUUUUUUAUGAAAGGAUAUUAUAGUGAUCAUUGUUCAUAAUUGUUAAAAAGUAAUGAUUAUUUAUACCCCCUUUAUUUAAAUGUUGCAGGGGUAAACUGAAUAUAUAGUGUGCCUUUGUUAUGUUUUUUCUUUCAUAUAGUUUUUUGCAUCCCAUGGAUAGUCCUGAACUUUUAAAAAGUUUUUCAUUUAUUCCCUUUUAAAACAAGUUAUAUUUCCUCAAAACUUUUAAUGUUCCAUCUCCUUAAAUCAUAUGCAUAAUACCUGUUUUUUCUAAGCGUAUGUCAAAAAAUAUAUAAUUUAUGUCUUGGGAUUGGCAGCACUUGAGUUCUGGGUGGUGUAAUUAAAUGGUAUUAGAAUUUGUCUCAUUAUUGUAUAGAUUUAGAUUUUUGCAAGUUACUACCCCUAAAACAUAACUGCUAACAGUAAAACCUAACAUAAUACAAUAUAACAUGAAGUUAGAUGCAUUCUUUUUUGCCAAAUCUUCUAUAUGGUUUCAACUUUUUUUAGUAAUAGGUUUAUUAAUAAGUAAUUGGCUUACUGCUUUGAUGUAUUUUGAGAACUAAAAGUAUAAAAAAAAAAAUUGGCCAAGGUUAUGUUCUCAGCCAACAUGUAAUAGAGUUCAAAGAACAUCCUGCAUGUGGAUCACCAAGUAAAAUAUUAUAUGUAGGCAACUUGUAAUGGGUUCCCAGUAGAUAGUUGUCAGUUCGUUUAGUACCAUGGGAAAAUUGCUAGAUUACAUUUUAAAGUUAUCAGAAUUGUAUUCUUUAUAACAUUCUCUUAUAAGAAAUUAUAAAACUUUGUAGUCUUAUAUUUUAGUAAAUAUUGACUUCAGUUUUUGGGAGAGAAGUUCCAAGGUCACAAUUCCUUUCUGUACUCAGCAUAUCAUACACAUUCAGGUUGGGUUAAUUUUAAUUUAAUUAAAUAUAAUGUUAGCUUUUCUGAUUGUGUCUUACAUACAAGUAUUUGGGGAAUAGUUUUUUCUUUGACCU